GAUACCAAACACUCCUCAAGUAACGCAACACUCUUUUCCCAUCUCUUUCUUCUCCCUGUUUCGCCAUUUUCCUUUUGGGUUUUUUUCUCUCAAAACAAAUAAAAGGUUUGGUGCUUGUGGUGGUGGGCAAACAUGGCAGCAUCUGGUAGAUUAUAUGGGUUGGUGGUGAUGGUGGUUGUGGUGGCAUUUUUGGUCGGCCACGGCGGCCAAAAGGUUGCAGCCGAGAUGGACCACGUGGUAGGAUCUGAUCGUGGCUGGGACCCUUCUUCUGAUUUGGCUUCCUGGUUAUCUGGCAGAGAGUUCAGGGUUGGUGAUAAAAUUUGGUUCACCUACUCAGCAGUCCAGGGGAGAAUCGCCGAGGUGAAGAGCAAGGAGGAAUACGAGUCGUGCGAUCUGAGUAACCCCAUCAAGAUGUACACGGACGGAUUAGAAGUGAUCUCAUUGGCGGAGGAAGGGAUCCGGUACUUUCUAAGUAGCAAGCCAGAGAACUGCAAGAGAGGACUGAAGCUACAUGUGGAGGUGAUGCCCAAGGAGAGCCCUCGGAUUGAGGUAUCAUCAGACUCGGCAGGGUUUGAAGCACCCAGCCCCUCUGCCUCGACUCCUCUUGUUGGCGGAAGCUUUAUGCUGUCGUUGGUGGUUUUGGCUUUCUAUGUGGGUUUUUAGCGGCCAUUUCUUAUUUUCUUUUCACAGUCGAUGAUAAUGGAUAUGAGCGCAGACUGUGGAACAGGGUUAUAUAAAGAACUAGAAAUAUUACGUAAUGUCAUGUGGAUUUUACUUUGAUUAUGUCGAAAUUUGAUACCCUCUGUUACUUUUU